UGGCAGAAUGAACCAAUAAUCAGAAGGACUGCAGCCACAGUUCAUGGAAUCAACGUGCCUCUCCACUAUCCAGAAAACAAUAGUGGCAGUGGAUCUUCUUUGUUCCAAGUGCAGGCUGAAGGUCAUGAAGUUAAUUUCAACCGUAGAAGGUAUAAAUUCCAUUGUUCUUGACCCCUCCAAAAAUACAGUGACUGUGGUAGGGGAGGCUGAUCCGGUUUGUAUCAUUAGAAAGGUGAGGAAAUUCAGACGAUCCGCACAGAUUAUCAGUAUAGGACCGCCAAAGGAGGAGAAGAAGGAAGAGAAGAAAGAAGCUAUUCUUUCCCUUCCAAGGACAUGUCAGAAGUGCGAUGUCUGGUACGUGGUUCACGAUGAUCUCUACGGUCAGUACUGUAGUAUUCUCUGAGUUGAGAUCUCGGCUGUGAUAUUUGCAUUUAUGUUGAUAGAUUGCUCUACUUCAAGGUUUCUGUUAUGUCUUCUGUUUUUGUAAGUUCCAUUUGUUGUCUCACUAUUCCUAGCCAAAAACAUUAUUCAGUCAAACAUUGUAUGCAUGUACUGAUAUCUUGCCCGUAGGUGGUGGGUAGAUUCUGAGCCAAGAUCUUCCCCCACAGCAUUUCCAGAAUUUGAAUGGGUUGGAAUGGGCAUGAUAGUGUUCAUGUUUUGCUCUAAAUUUGUGAGAAUGCACGUUGAUGGUGGGCAUGAAUUCAGAAAGAAAACAGAAAUGUGUUUUUCUAAUAAAGAGUGGGACAUCAUUAGUUUCUUGAUAUAAAUUGAGAUUUGGUCUACCCUGUUGCUAUUGACAGGUAGAUAACGACUUAAAAUGCUUGAAGAGACUAUUUUGUAGCUGAAUUAAUGUAAUAUAAACAUGGCAGUUCAUACGAACUUUUCCCAGGAAAAAGCCCUCGAAAGGCAAGUAGAAUGUCGGAGUUUGAUUGGGGUGGGUGGGGUGUGUAGGGUCAAUAUUUUACAUUUGUUGUCAUAUUUACACCCCUCCACCAAUGUAGUUGUAGUCUUGUAGAUGCUAUUCUUUCAGUCUGCUCUCUUUCUUAUGGGUGCUAUCCUUCCAUUAGUCAUUUCAUAUCCUACUAUUACUGUUUAUAAAAUAAGUAUUACAUUUAUUGGGUAUAUUUCAAAUUUAUAUGCAAAAUAAGAGUAAGUUUAUGCAUAAAUAAUAAGAAUCAUUGUGGACUACAUCAUAAUACAAAAUAUCCAAUUCAUUAUUGAUACAUAAUAUAUUGAUUUUGAUCAUUUAAUAUAAAUCUAAAUUUAACCAUCAAUCCAUUUAAAUAAACCCUAAACUCUCUUUAUAA